UCGAGUUCAUGUCAUGGACGAGCUGGUCAGAACAUUGUUCGUAGAGGUGAACAUGAUGUAUUCAAUACCGAAGAAUACUUGUCAACCUAUAACAUGUAUAAGUGUCAAAUCAAGUCUUCACUUAUAUAUAUGGCAAGCACAAGACAGUAUGCUUUGGUUCUGUUUGAUUUGCAUGGUGAAACUUCUAUCGUCCAGACCCAGAAACUUGUACCAACUUCUUUGGUCAAAGAAGCUUCUAGACUCCAUCUACAAACAUCAAGGAACAAGUAUUUUGUGGAAGUUUUAGAGCUCUCAGAUGAUGACAUCAGUUUAAAAUCUUCACAGAGCAAAUGGUCAAAAUCUCAUCGAGCCAUUGCCAUUGAGAGAAGGACAGGCCAAGAUGGGUUCCUAGAUGUCUGGCCUGAAGAUGAAGAGAAUUUGCAUAGUUCGCCAAACAAGCGUAAAGUUACAACAUCUUCAAGAAGACCACUCUCUGCUAGUCAGCAACUGAACGCCAAGAAAAAAUCUUCAAAACAACCAUUGACCACAAGAAAGCAAGCAACCAACAGAGCUUCAGUGAAACCAAGAAAACCAAAGAAGUCAAUGCAAACCUCAUCUUCUGAUAGUAACAGUAACAGAUUUCCAUAUGCAUCAGAGGGCUCCAAUGGACGGCAUCUUACAAUUCUUCAUGAGGGGUCCGGAGACAACACUGAAAAGGAUUUAGACAAAACUCUGACUAGCCCCAAAGAAGUAUCCACCAAAGGCAAUAGACAACUGUAUCCAAUGUCUCCACAAAAAACAAUAGUCAAUGAGAAAGCAACAAAACAACACCAAGACGACACCAAUGCAACAAAUAAAGAUACAGGUUUGAUAGAAAUUUUAUAUGAUCAUGAUGAUAUAACAACAACUACAACACAAGACAUCCCAAUUGCCAGUAUUGAUGACUCUCUAGACAUUUUACUUGCUACAACAACACAAGACAACAACAUGAACAACAUUGCUACACCAGAUAAAACACAGCAAAAAUUGGACAAGAUCAUUAGCCUAUUGCAAAAGAAUCCAGAACCAAGACCUUCAUUUGAUUUUGUAUCUGCAUUAUUACAAGAGGCAAAUCCAGAUGACAUUGUCAUUAUUCAACCAUCAGAAGCUGAAGAGCAAAACCAGCCUACCAUAACACAGUUUUAUCCACCAUGUCCACCUGUAAAUGAUCAACAACCACCAACAGUUCUUGAUGAACUAGCUUUCAAUAUAGAUACACCAGAUAUACCAGAUGACCAGCCAUCAGUUAACAACUUAACCUCUACCAUACCCACAUCCCAGUCAGCUCACAAAACAUUGAAACCGUGUUUUACAGGCAACAUUCUUGAAUUAUCAUCGGCAUCUGACUUGUUAACAAUGACCAGCAACCAACAUACAGAAUUAAGAGUAGGGAUGACUGCCAUGUGGGAAGUUCAAGCAGACAGUUGUAGUGCUGGUAAUUUCGCUUGGAGGCUAGCCAAGAAGCUAUACACAGCUGACCAGUUAAAUGGGAAAAAUUACAGAGGCAAAAAGGGAAAGCCAGCUUUGUCACCAAGAAGAAAACAUGCUAUUGAGCAUGCCAUAAUUGACUGUUAUGGGCCCAAUCCAGAAAAUCUGACACAAGGAAUGAUAGCCAUCAACACCGGUAUAAGGAACAUGGGAAGAAAAACAACAAAGUCAGCAGCUUAACACAACAAAUAAUUAAUUGACCAAGGAAGUGUACAAGUUACAAUAAAUUUGAAUGCAUAUCAUAUUAUAUUGACUUUUAAACUGGAAUAAAACAUUUUUUAUCAAUUAUAGCAAGGUGUCUAGGUCAAACGCUGUAUAUAGAUUUUGAAUUUUUCAACUGGUUUUUCCAGUAAAUAGGAUAUAACAUAUUCUGAUUUUAAUUUAAAUGUAAUGGGUGGACAACAGAAAUUUGAUUUGAUUUUUUUGUUCAAUGAAAA